GUUGAGCUGCACAGAGGCCACCUCGACUAUCUUUACAGUUCGCAUCAUUCGAACUCCAUCGCCCCAUCGGAUAGGCAAUGGCUUCGUAUCUGGAGAGUUGGGUCGACUCACUGAUUAGCAGUUCGGCGUUAGUAAACUAUUGGAAUUACAUUUUUCCAAUGUUGGUAGGCCUCUAUCUGGCCAUUUCUCUGUACGACAAACAUCGAUAUGGUGGCCGAAAGAAGCUGAGAAUUAUCUCCCCUCCCACUGACUCAACUACGGAUGCAACUAGGAAGCUGGACGGUAUGGAGUAUGUUGGAGAACUGGAUCACGAUGGUGAAGAAGGGUAUGAGCUAUCACCUGCUUUGGAGGAGAAACCACAUGUUCCAUACCGUGGAGCGACUGUCACGUUCGCCAAAGAUCCUUCUGAGGCAGCCGAUAAGUUCUACGCGAUCGUGAACAAUCGACGGAGCGUGCGCAAGUUUAGCCAACGGCCGGUUGAUCGAGAUAUCGUGGAACGAUGUAUCCAAGCAGCUGGAACUGGACCGAGUGGGGCACAUACAGAACCUUGGACCUUCUGUUUGGUGUCCGACCGGUCGGUCAAAGAGAGUAUUCGGGAGAUAAUUGAAUCGGAAGAGCUUAUCAACUACACGCAACGCAUGGCCAAGCAGUGGGUCACGGAUUUGCGCCCGAUUCAAACGAACCACAUUAAGGAGUACCUCUCCGAGGCGCCAUAUUUAAUUUUGGUGUUCAAGCAAACCUAUAGCCACAAGGCGGACGGUACAAAAAAGCAACAUUACUACAACGAAAUAUCGACCUCCAUCGCGACCGGUAUACUACUCUGCGCACUGCAGAGCGCGGGAUUGAGUUCGCUCGUCACCACCCCGCUUAACUGUGGCCCAGCCCUGCGAAAUCUGUUGGAGCGUCCUCCGAACGAGAAGCUUCUCGUGUUGCUACCCGUAGGAUACGCUGCCGAAGAUUGCACCGUGCCUGACCUGCAACGGAAACCGUUGGACGAACUCAUCGUGCGCUACUGAGGGUAUAAGGAUUAGCGUUUCCUUAUGUUGACUGUCCAGACGGUCGGUUGCAAAAAAAGUCGGGCGCUGAUUUUAGAUAAGUUUGAUAAAACGACGAUAACGACGAUGGAGCUGGGCGAUGGGAUGGGGAACUGCAUAACACCACGUGCUGCUGCCGCCGGAACCAUGUAAACAGCGAUAAAUUUGUCACACGCACACAAAAUAUUCGGGUGUAAUACAUUGAGUUCACGAUUCUCUGAUAAAUCUGAUAAAAAUGUUAUCACUUGAUUUAAUAUAAGAGCAAUAAAGAGAUUGUUUGAUA